AUGGGGAAGAACAGAAGCGCGCGAAGAAGAAGAGUCGCAGCAGGGGGUGAGGGAUUCAGCGCGUUUUGGAACAGCAGCGCUCGAAGAAGAAGAGUCGCGGGCGAGGGAUUCAGGGCGGCGGCGCGGCAGCGGCCUCCAUCCCUUCGACGACGAUUCUCGACGGCGCGACAGCAGUCGUUGGAAGAACAGCAGUCGCGGUGGAUGAAGAUGGAGUUAGGGCAGUCGCGGGUGAGAGGAUGA